AUGGCUUGUCCCCUUCAGUCCACUCGCGCCUGCAACAUGGCACUUCCACAUAAGGACACCACCAGCCCCAUCGUCCGUCCAGACAUCGAUUGGAUUCCCUCCUACAAAGUCUUCAAGGAACGUGUCCAACGCCUGGCAGCACUGCACCUCAACCGUCCCACCACCCUCCCCGCCGGAUGGCCCUCCAAGAUCACAUCCGAGCGUGUAUGGUCCGGAUCCGACUUCAAGUCCGAAGACGACUACGUAGUCAAGCUCAGCCAGGAAGACAUUGCUGAGAUCGAGAGCGCCUUGUCGUACUUCAAGACUCUUGACCUCGGCGGCCCGGACGACGUCUCCCAGUCCACCUUUCCCCUUCCCAACUUGGGUCCCAAGCUCUCCGAGAUCUCCGACAUCAUCCACACCGGCCGCGGCUUCGUGGUCCUCCGCGGUCUCGAGCCCGACAAGUACUCGUCCACGGACAACAUCCUCCUCUACCUCGGCGUUACAUCCUACAUUGCCGAAACGCGCGGGAUGCAGGACUUCGACGGGCGCAUGAUCCUGCACAUCCAAGCCGUCCGCAAGGAAUCCGACGUCGCGCAGCAUGGCAGCAUGCCCAACUCGCCGUACGUCAACCGCGCCCAGCCGUUCCACACGGACCUGUGCGACGUGCUAUCGCUCUACGCGCUUGGGGUGGCCGCCUAUGGGGGCGAAUCCUUCCUGUCCUCCUCCGCCAAAAUCUACAAUGAGAUUGCCCGUCUGCGGCCGGACGUGAUCCACGUGCUCGCAAAGGACGAUUGGCCAUUUGAUGAGUUCUACAAGAACCAGUAUCAUACGCGGCCGCUUCUCUAUAAUUUCUCAGACGCCGCCUCGGGGGAGAAGAACCAUGGUCCAGGCUUCCAAUUCUCCCGCCGUCCGCUCACCGGCGCGCACUUCUCGCCUCACCACCAUUUAGUCCCGGCCAUGAGCGAGGUGCAAGCCGAAGCGCUGGACAUGGUCUACUUUUUGGCCAAGGAACAUGCUUUGGAGAUAACCCUCAGAAAGGGAGAUAUGCAGAUCUUCAACAACUUUGCCAUGUUGCACGCUAGGAGCAGCUUCGUGGACGAGGGCGAGCAGAAGAGACAUAUGUUGAGGUUGUGGUUGCGGAAUAAGCAGAAGGCCUGGAAGUCGGACUCGGAAGGGCUCGAUAAGGUCGACAGGGAGGUGUAUGAGUGGGAGACGGAAGAGUGGAGGAGGGAGGUGGGAACCAAGUGGGAUAUUGAGGCGAGUCCGCCCGAGUUGAGGGUGGAUUUUAAGAGGGCUAGUUGUGCUUGA